AGAGAGAGAGGAGAGGAGCGGCGCUGUGAGUUGAAAGGCAUCGUAGAAGGAAGAACAUAACCGGUUCCAACUUUUCCGACACCAUCCCCACGUGUUAUAGAUGUUUUACAACAACCCCCAUUGAUCAGGAACAACUCAAGAACACCUCAAGAACAAGGAAGAACACCCACCAUAGCUAUGGAGUUUUUUUAAUUGGGUUUUGUGUUAAUUUUGGCUGCUUCAUGUCCAACAACAAGAACAGGGAAUUUGAGUUUGGAAAGUUCAAAAAAGUUUGGCCGAAAAAUCAAAAAAAGAUGGGCGGUUGACGGCGGAGGAGAUAGGUAGAGAGAGGGCGGGGACAUCGCCAUUUAAUAUCAACCGGUUUCCUUUCCCUAAUGCUGCUGUACACCUGGGCCUCAUUAUAUAUCCCUUUCCUUCAUUUCCCAGUUUCUAAUUUCUAAUUUCAGACCAACCCACCUCGUGUUUCGGGAUUCGGGGGCGGCGGAAGUGGCGGAGGGGGGCGGCGGAUUGGUGCCUUUUUCCCCCCUGUUCUGUUCUGUUCUGUUCUGUUCUUCCUUGGUUGUAGUGUAGUGGAUAGUGAAACGGAAAACGCGCAUUUACCCAAUGGAGUUCGGCACUGGCGGCGGCGGUGGUUGGGACAAUGAUUCCUCCUCCGACCCACGACGGAGUAGAAAACGCUACCAUCGUCACACCGCCAACCAGAUUCAGCGGCUCGAAGCAAUGUUCAAAGAGUGCCCUCAUCCGGAUGAGAAGCAGAGAUUACAGCUGAGCAGAGAGCUGGGUUUAGCUCCCCGACAGAUCAAAUUUUGGUUCCAAAACAGGAGGACCCAGAUGAAGGCUCAACAUGAAAGGGCAGAUAAUAGCGCACUUCGAGCAGAGAACGACAAGAUUCGUUGCGAGAACAUAGCCAUCAGAGAGGCACUCAAGAAUGUCAUCUGCCCCUCCUGCGGCGGCCCUCCCCUUCACGACGCUUACUUCGAUGAACACAAAUUAAGAAUGGAAAAUGCCCAUUUGAAAGAAGAGCUUGAUAGAGUGUCUAGCAUGGCGGCUAAGUACAUUGGGCGGCCAAUCUCUCAGCCAUCUCAUUUUUCUUCAUUAGAGCUAUCCAUGAGUAGUUUUGGUUCCCAUGAAAUGGGAUGUUCUUCUCUUGAUCUUGAUUUGCUUCCUGCAAGUUCUUCAAGUGUUCUUCCAAUUCAUGUCUCCAAUAUGGAUAAGACCCUGAUGAGUGAAGUUGCUACAAAUGCCAUGGGAGAGUUGCUAAGGCUUUGUCAAACUAAUGAACCAUUGUGGAUGAAAUCACGAAGCGAUGGACGGGAUGUUCUUGAUCUCGAAACGUAUGAACAGGCUUUUCCAAGAGCCAAUGUGCCAUUGGAGAAUCUCCAUUUUCGUACCGAAGUGUCUAGAGAUUCCGGGGUGGUGAUCGUGAAUAGUGCAACGUUGGUUGAUAUGUUUAUGGACUCGAACAAAUGGAGUGAGUUAUUUCCGACGAUUGUUUCGAGUGCAAGAACGAUUGAAGUUAUAUCGUCCGGGAUGUUGGGAAGUCAUCAUAAUGGCUCAUUGCAACUGAUGUACCUAGAAUUGCAGCUACUUUCCCCAUUGGUUCCGACUCGCCAUUUUUACAUUCUUAGAUAUAGUCAACAAAUCGAGCAGGGAACGUGGGCUGUAGUCGAUGUUUCGUAUAACGUCACCGGAGGAAGCCAAAUGGUUUCUCAUUCUCAAUGUCGUCGCUCUCCCUCGGGCUGCUUGAUCCAGGACAUGCCUAAUGGUUAUUCCAAGGUCACUUGGAUUGAGCAUGUGGAAGUGGAAGAUAAAGGCUCAACUCAUUGGCUUUUUAGAGAUCUUAUUCAUAGCGGAUUAGCCUUCGGUGCCGAACGGUGGCUCGCAACUCUUCAACGAACGUCUGAAAGAUUCGCCUGUUCAAUGGUUACUAGUAGUUCGAGUCAGGAUCUCGGCGGAGUAAUUCCAUCAUUAGAGGGAAGGAGAAGCAUGAUGAAACUAGCACAGCGGAUGGUGAACAAUUUCUGUGCUAGUAUCAGCACGUCUCAUGGUCACCGUUGGACGACUCUAUCUGGGACGGAUGAGGUCGGUGUUUAUGUCUCGGUUCAUAAAAGUAUGGAUCCUGGUCAGCGUAACGGCGUGGCUCUUAGUGCAGCUACAACCAUAUGGCUCCCUGUUCCUCCUCAAACCAUCUUUAACUUCUUUAAGAAUGACAGAACCAGAUCUCAGUGGGAUGUCCUGUCGGAUGGCAAUCCAGUUCAAGAGGUUGCUCAUAUCACCAACGGAUCCCAUCCAGGAAACUGCAUAUCUGUUCUUAGAGCUAUGAAUUCGACACAGAACAACAUGUUGAUACUCCAAGAGAGUUGCAUAGACUCAUCUGGAUCACUUGUUGUGUACUGCCCUGUGGAUUUACCAGCCAUGAAUCUUGCAAUGAGUGGGGAAGAUCCAUCAAACAUUCCUUUACUACCAUCAGGAUUCGCGAUUCUCCCGGACGGUCGACAGGAUCAAGGAGAGGGCGCAUCGAGCAGCUCGGACGUGCACAACCGGUCAGGUGGGUCGUUGGUGACGGUAGCGUUUCAGAUACUCGUAAGUAGCUUGCCAUCCGGGAAGCUGAAUUUGGAAUCAGUGACAACGGUUAAUAACCUCAUUAGUACCACUGUCCACCAAAUCAAAACAGCCUUAAAUUGUCAUAGCUCCUCCUGAGAAGUGGCAUAUUCAGCUGAACACUGUUAUGUUUUUUUUUUUUUUUUUUUUUUUUUUUUU